AUGUGCAGCUCUUGGGUUGUGUUGGCCUUUUGCUGCUUGGCUCAGCUGUGUGCAGGUCAGAGCCUGAAGCCUCAGCUUGCAGCCCCUCAGCUUGCCAAAACCAAUCCCACUCUUACUACAGUCUCCCUAGAAAAGCCUUUCUGUAGGUUUGACAGCUCAAUGUCUCCAAAUAAAUCUUAUGUCAUCUAUCUGUAUGCAAUGAAGGAAUCAGCAACUGCAAUAAGCUCCCUGGUGACCACCAACAGCAGCAAACCCCUUGAAAACACCUUCCAGCAAACAGGUGGGGGGCAGCUCGGCCCUUACAAGGCUGCCUGGUUCAGUGUCCCCAGCUGUGCAUCACCUCCCAAACUGGCUCAUCUAGGAGAUGUCAACAAAGUUUCUGAUGUCCUGCAACAAUACCUCUUCAGAGUUGGGGAUGAUGGGACUUGUUUGCACGACCCAAACUUCCUAGGUGUCUGUAACCCACCUCUUGCACCAGAUACAACAUACAGGUUUAAAUAUGUGUUGGUAGAUAACACUGAAGGUAUCGUGAAAGACCAAACUCUCUGGUCUGACCCCAUCAAAACCAGAAGAGGGGGUCAGAAGGUUCUUCUGCAGAGACAAGGCCCACGCCUCAGACUGCUCAACAAG